CUUUUGAACCUCGCUAAACCAACUCAUUCUUGAUUUCUUCUAAACAAUUGAGUCUCCUUUCCAUGGAACUCCUACCAAACAACUCUCCUCCGAUUGAAUUCCCAACAUCUCCUCAGCUCUUCCUGGGAGAAGAAAUCAUUCACUUCUCCCAUCCUCAGCACCCCCUCUCUCAGGUUGACCUGCCUGACCUCUUCACCUGUGCUAGCUGCAAAGAGCAUGGCGCCGGUAAACACUACACCUGCCCCCAAUGUGACUUCCACCUACAUGAUUUCUGUGCCCUGUCUCCUCCAGCUUUGAAGAGUCAUCCCCUCCACUUCCAACACAAACUUCUAUUCCAUUCCAAACCAGUUAAAGGGGGAAUCUUAACACCAAAGUGUGAUGUUUGUGCCAAACCCACCAAAGGAAGCACAUUUAGAUGCACUGCUUGUGGUUUCCAGAUGCAUCCUUGUUGUGCUCUGUUGUCGACAGAAAUUGACGUUCCAACCCAUCCACACACACUUGAGAUCUUACCUCAAGCGGUGCAGUACCCAUCCAAUGGAGAAUAUAGUUUUGUGUGUGGGGAGUGUAAUAGGAAGAGAUCAGGGAGAGUGUACCACUGCCCUGUCUGUGGCUACCAUCUGCAUGCUGUUUGUGCUAAGAACAUGAUUAAUGGGCUCCAAGCGAAUGGCAUCAAGGGCGUAGGGAAGCCAAGCAUGCUGGGGACUGCAGCCAAGGUUGCUUCACAAGUGGUGAAAGAGUUCUUUGGGGGGCUGAUUGAGGGAAUAGGGGAAGAAUUUGGACAAGCCCUUGCACAAAACAUGACUAGAGGAGGGCACCCUCCCAGAGCAUGAUUUCUUCGAGAAUUCAAAGCUGUUGAUGGCAUUGCUGGACCAGUGUUACUUGAAUUGAAAGUCGAAUUUGUCUCCAUUAUGUAUAUUUGGGGAAAUAUGUAUAAAAUUGUACCCUACUUUUUAUGUUUAUUUUGGCCAUGAAAAAGGAAUAAGAACUGUGUUUAUAA